UCAAACUACAACCACCCUUAUAAAAUUAUAGCCAACUACCCAAUUAAUUAUUCAAUAAAAUAAGUAUUAUUGACCUCAAGGUCAUCACUAAGAAAUUUCAAAUGAUCAACAAACUGUGAUCAUUUUUUAUUUGCAACAAGCUUUGUUCCUUGCUGUGUUUUGCUUGUGAGAAACAGAUCUAAAAAAUGGCAUACAAUCUUCAAUCACUCAUCACCAUCAUCCAACGAAUCCUUAAUCCUGAAGAAUCACUUUGGAUUGUUGAUGGCAACACACCACAACUCCAAUCCCUUCUCCAAAAAGCUGAAUCUCUGCUUCACAUUCUUGAAAAGUCUUCCCUCGCCAAUAUACCAAUUAAUUUGGAGAGCCGAAUCAGAGAUGUUUCAUAUAAAGCUGAAGAUAUUAUUGAAUCACACAUUGUUCGAAAAAUGCUUUCCACCACUCGAGGCACAAGGCUUACUUUCUCCACACCAUAUCUACAGAGAGUAUUACAACAGCUUGAUUCUGCAACGGAACAAGUUGUGAAGCAUGUCGAGGGCAAGGCACACUCUACUGGCCUUUCAUCAUCGAGUGGCGCUUCUUCUUCGCAUGAUCUAUCACCAAAUGUGCAGCAAACAAUGCAACAACUUCAAUCUGUUAAGCUUGAGGAGGUGGACGAAAUUAAGAUGCCGGUUGCUGUACCUUUGUCGAGCUCCAAGAACAAUUUGGUUGGAGUUGAUGCAGAUAUGUUGCAGUUGAAGGAUCGACUUACAAAUAUGCAGACCAAGCUGGAGAUCAUCCCUAUUACUGGGAUGGGUGGCAUAGGUAAGUCCACUCUUGCUCGAAAUCUUUAUGAUGAUCCACUCGUUAUUUCCCACUUUGAUUAUCGUGGUUGGGCUGCAAUUUCACAACUCCCCAAUAUGCGAGAUAUUCUGUUAAGUCUUCUUCGUCGCCCAAAUGAAAAGAUUGAUGAUGAACUAAAUGGAUGUAAUGAAGAUGAGUUGAAAGAUAUACUGUAUAAGAGGUUGUUUGGGCGCAAAUACAUGAUUGUGUUAGAUGAUAUAUGGAGCACCAAGUUCUGGGAUGAGAUAAGGAUGUAUCUCCCAAACAACAAUAACGGGAGUCGAGUUGUGAUCACGACCAGGGAAUCUCAUGUAGCCCAAUAUGUUGUAAACUCCAAGAGUUUACAUCAUGACAUGCAACUGCUUAAUAAGGAUGCAAGUUGGGAUCUACUUCGCCAAACUGUAUUUGGAGAAGAGGAUUGCCCUCUUGAAUUACAAGAGAUAGGAACUAUGAUUGCGAGUGAAUGCGGUGGGCUUCCUCUUGCCAUUCAUGUGAUAGGAGGGCUAUGGUCAAAGGUCGAAAGAUCAAAAGAUGUGUGGGAGCAGAUUUCAACAGAUGUAAAAGCUUCCAUAGUUAAAUCAGAUGAGCGGUUCUCCAAUAUACUCUCCUUGAGUUAUAACCACUUACCCAUUUACUUGAAACCGUGUUUCUUAUAUAUGGGAGCUUUUCCAGAAGAUAACGAGAUUAAGGGAUCUAGACUUACGAGACUAUGGAUAGCUGAAGGAUUUGUGAAAUCUAAUGGUGAUAAGAGUUUGGAGGAAGUGGCUAAGGAUUACUUAAAUGCACUCGUGCAGAGGAAUCUACUUGUGGUUACACGAGAAAGGUCUAAUGGGGAACCAAUGAGUUACUCAAUGCAUGAUCUUUUGAGGGAUUUAUGCAUAAGGAAAGCUAAUGAGGAGAAGUUUUUACACGUUAAGGAUUCCAUGCGGCGUGUAAGUGUUGAGUCAUCAUAUGAAAUGGAUGAUGUGUGUGCUUCACCACAAUUAAUGUCACUUGCCCGAUCUUUUAUAUGCACUAAUGAUAAGAUUAAUAUAUCUCCUGUUUUUGGCUUAUUAAGAUUAGUUAGGGUGUUGGAUAUAAUGGGUAUGUUAUUGGAGGAGUUCCCACAAGAAAUUUUACAACUUGUGAACCUACGCUACUUAGCUAUCAACUGCUCUUCGAGGUUACCUAAGGGAAUAUCAAGAUUGCACAAUCUGCAAACCUUGAUUUGUCCACACUUUAUGCGCUAUGUGACAUCUGAAUUAUGGGAUAUGUAUGAGCUAAUACAUAUUAAGAUGAAGGGGAAAAUAAUCCAAAUCAGGAAGAUAAAAUUUGAGAUCAAGAAGCUGCAGACUCUUAGCACUGUGUUGAUAACUCCUAAGUUGAUUAGUUGUGGCUUUUUUGAAGGAAUACCAAAUAUCAUUAAGUUGGGAAUCUAUUAUGAAGACUCACCAAACAUUGAAGUUGAUCUUAGCCAUCUUCACAAGCUCGAAAUAUUGCAUUGCCAAUCUCGAUUGGAUAAAGAUGGUAGCCGUUUUCUGCACAAACUUAGAUUUCCAUCUAAUCUUAGAAAGUUAAGUCUUUGUAGUUGUGUAGUAUUUAGGAGUUUGUUGACAACUCUGUGUACACUACCAAAUCUGGAAGUGCUGAGAAUAUAUAAAUGUGUAUUUGAAAGAGAGGAAGAGGAAGAGGAAGAGGCAGAGGAAGAGCAAGAGGAAGAGGAAGAGGAAGAAGAGGCAGCGGCAGAGGAAGAGAAAGAAGAAGAGGCAGAGAAAGAAGAAGAGGCAGAGAAAGAGGAAGAAGAAGAGGCAGAGGAAGAGUGGGAGGCGACAGAAGGAAGUGAAUUCCGCUCACUGUUAUUCCUACAGUUAGAAUCCUUAAAUCUGGUGCACUGGAAAGCUGAUGAGACCAACUUCCCUAAACUCCGGGAGCUGUUUGUACUCGAAUGCUAUAGGCUAGAGGAAAUCCCCAGCGCCAUUGGAGAUAUCCCGACUCUCCAAGAAAUUAGUAUUUAUGAAUGCGGCGCUUCUAUAGUGGCCUCGGCACAACAAAUUCUAAAGGUGCAGCAAGAAGAGUACGGCAACUUCGACCUCAAAUUGAAUAUACGUUAGAAGUUCGACCCCAAAAGGUUUUAUUGCUGCAAGUUUUGGUGGUGUUUGUGAGCGAGAAAGCGAUCAGAGGGAGAAGAUGCAAAGGGUGAUAUGCUAGCUAUUUGUGGGAUUUUAGUUGUACCUCUCAUUCCAUAACUAUUUUUGGGAUUUUAGUUUGUGAUUGUUUUUGUUUUUUGGUUGUUAUAAAAUAAGAGAGAUAGUAAUUUAAAUAAAAUAAGUAUAAAAAUAAGUGAGUGGAGAAUAUUCUCUUAAGUUUAAGUUUAGCUUAGAUGUUAGUAUUACUUUAACUUAGUAUUACUUGUACCAUGGGAUUUCAGUGAAGAGAGUUUUUCAGUACAUAUAUAUGCAAUAUUUUGUGAUUUGGUGUGUGUUGAGUGAUAAUAAUUGGAUCCCAAU